AAGAUUAAAGCGUGCAUGCGCGCGUGAAAGAGGAUCUCUGUCAUGAAGGUUUAUACACUCCAGAUUAGACAGUAAUCUCUGCGCCACUGAGCAUGCGCGGACUGGAGUGCCAUCGCCUGAUCGACUGGCUGCUUUAACCACUAUAAACAUCCUCCCCCUGGAAGUGACUGCGACCCCUCCAAGAGGACUGCUGGUGCUUCUCUACAUGCAGGAGGAUUAUCGCCAUAUCAAGACUGACAUAUCCCUGUCCAUCGUACCCAAAUACUUUCUCCCUGAAGACUCAGAUGUGGAGGGUGAUGCCAUCUCCCAGCUCUGGCUUUGAAGGCACUCGUUCGCUCACCUGACAUGUCCGUGUGUGAACCAGCAGUAGAAUGUCAAAGUGUGAGCUCAUCGAGCUGAAAGACCUCAGUCUAAAUGAUCCAAUUGAGCUGGCCGCCCCUGCCUCCCGAGUCAGCCACCCACCAGUGAACGGGGGUCACAGCGGUCGCUUCCAUGUGGUCCGUCUGGUGGGCGACAAUGUCAGCAUUGAAACACCCAAGUGCCCAUCAGGUGAAGCGGGAGCGGGUCACGAUUUCCACCCUGACAGCCACACGCACCUCACCUGGUGUGACCUGUGUGGAGAGUUCAUCUGGGGGCUGUUAUCUGGGGCUUUACGCUGUUCAUACUGUAAUUACACCUGUCACUACCGCUGCCGACCGUUCAUCCAGCUGGACUGCAGCGUAGAAGGGAAGCUGCGGAGUGACCAGACAGAGUUGUCGCUGGAGUCGGACACAAACGUGGAUGAAAAGCUGGACGGGGGCAGACGAGAGUUGACGUUUAGUGAGACUCAGCAGAAGGUGAAGGAGUAUAAUUCUCUGAUCAACAGUAAUCUCUACAUGGUGAUGAAUAAAGAUGGCUCCUAUACUGGCUUCAUCAAGGUCCACUUUCAGCUGCUACGCCCGAUCUCUCUCCCUGAGAGUCCGUCUGAGGAGGAACCUCAGCAGCUCGGGAAGAUGAAACGAAGGACCUCGUUCUACCUCCCGAAAGACACGGCCAAGCACCUGCACAUAAGCUCGCAAACACGGGUGCGAGAGGUCAUCGAGGCACUGCUCAACAAGUUCACCAUGGUGGACAACCCUGCCAAGUUUGCUCUAUUCGAGCGCAGCGAUCGACAUAAUCAAGUCUACAUGCGUAAACUGAGCGACGACGAGCGCCCCCUCUGCCUGCGUCUUCGUGCAGGACCCUGUGAGAAGGUUCUCAGUCUGGUCUUGAAGGAAAACGAGACUGGAGAAGUGAACUGGGAUGCAUUCAGCUUCCCCGAGCUCUGCAACUUCCUGAGAAUACUGCAGCGUGAGGAAGAGGAGCAUGUGAGACAGAUCGCAAGGCGCUACGCUCGAGCCAGAGACAUGAUGACGCAGGCUCUGGCAGAGAUGAAGAAGAUGAGCAGUUGUAGUUGAUAUGAAGCGGGUAAAGAAGCGCUGAGACAGAGCCAUGUCAAUUUUGCUGCUCACUUUUGUAGUCUUACAGAGUAUUUAAACAUAGUGUCAUGUGAUGUUUAGUUUCAUGUGUUCAAUGUGCAGCUACUUUUCUUUAUAAUGGCACUUUAAAUAUUUUUAACAAAGUAUGAAUGGACUCCUAGCUAAUGUUGGAAACAUUGUCUUAUUAAAUGAUGGUAAAACAUGCAAGUAGAAACUCUGCACAAUUAAAAAAUAUAUUUAUCUACAUUUGUUUGUGUUUUUGAGUUCAAGUCUUAAUACCUAGCAAAGAAUCAAGUGACUUCAGGGCCUUGGUGGAAAGUCAAAUAUUGUCUCUGUCUGACUGCUCAUUGAAAAGGCAAUGUUCAGGAACAAUUCUAAUAAACACACAAAGCUAAAUCAUCUGUCUCAUUCACCAGCGUUACCGAUAUGUUUGCAUAAAAUUCAAUACUUGCAGGGAAAAGUUUCAUGACUUAAUACAAUGUGUCUUUGUCUUGAUGUGUCUUUUGAAAAAUAAAAAUUCUUUUUUUUUUUCAAAUA